UCUUUUUGUUAUCUAUGAACUUUGACUCCUGCAAUAUUGCACUGUUUUGGCUUUUCCUUCAUCUCCUCUGCUUGAGUAAAGGUGCUUCAUGGAUUUCUAGAUUAACAUGAAGCAUACUGACGUGGCGGUUGUUUUCGAGUGUUUGAACUAAAAUACCAAUAUGUUAACAUAUGUUCUUGGCCUUUUCUUUGCUCUUUGAUGUCUUAUUUCAUGCUUCUACUGACGAUGAUACACGUUUUUGGUUAGAAAAAAGGGUUAUGUAACCCUCCCGAUGUACUACAAGAGACGAAAGUACAGAAGCUCUUGUAACCGCUAUUUUCACUUCUUCUAUAAAUACAAACAACCCAACUAAGCACUUGUCUGUUCUGAUCAAUGGCAUCUCUUCAGUGCCUUAAUGCAUCCAAGUUCAAUAUGAGAAGAUAUGUUGUAAAAUUCAAAGCAAGUAACAGUGUAAGUUCAAAUGAAGAAAAGAAGCUGAGGAUAUUGAUUGCUGGUGGAGGUAUUGGGGGUUUAGUAUUGGCAUUGGCAGCUAAAAAUAGAGGGUACGAUGUAAAGGUGUUUGAGAGAGAUUUGAGUGCAGUGAGAGGAGAGGGUAGCCACCGUGGCCCUAUUCAACUUUCGAGUAGUGCCUUGGCAGUGUUGCAAGCUAUUGAUCAAAAUGUUGCCAACCGAAUUAUGGAAGCUGGUUGUGUUACUGGUGAUAGGAUCAAUGGCGUUGCUGAUGGCAUCUCUGGUCAAUGGUUCACCAAGUUUGAUCUUCUGACUCCAGCUUUGAAGAGGAGCCUUCCAAUCACUCGAACAAUAUGCAGGAUGGAACUGCAAGACAUAUUAGUCAAUAGUGUUGGUUAUGAUAUAUUGAGUAACAAAUCUAAAGUUGUGAACUUUGUAGAAGACUCUGACAAGGUCACUGUAAUCCUUGAGGAUGGACGGCAGUAUGAUGGCGAUAUUUUGGUUGGUGCAGAUGGAAUAUGGUCAGAAGUGCGUAUGAAACUCUUCGGGAAGCAAGAAGCAAGAUAUUCAGGCUAUACAUGCUACAGUGGGAUAACAAAUAUUGUGCCACAGUACAUCAAUUCUGUUGGGUAUCGAGUGUUCAUAGGAUUGAACCAGUACUUUGUUGCUUCAGAUGUUGGAAACGGGAAGAUGCAAUGGUAUGCCUUUUAUAAGCAACCACCUAUGAAGACAGAUCCUCCUGGAGGUAAACAUAAGAGGCUGCUUGAAUUGUUUGGACACUGGUGUGAUGAAGUAGUUACUUUAAUUACGAAGACAAUGGAGGAUAAGAUUUUAGGGAGAGACAUAUAUGAUAGAGACAUGAUGAGUAGAUGGGGUGUUGGACGUGUGACUUUGCUUGGUGAUGCUGCUCAUCCAAUGCAGCCAAAUCUUGGGCAAGGUGGUUGUAUGGCUAUCGAGGAUUGUUACCAACUGGUACUUGAGCUUGAUAAAAUUGUGAAAACAGGUUCAGAAGAAAUUGUCUCAGCCCUUACAAGUUAUGAGAAGAAAAGAAGGUUUCGAGUGAGUAUUGUGCACGCUGCAAGUAGAAUGGCAUCAAAAAUGCUAUCCACUUACCGACCUUACAUAGAAUUUGGAUCAGGUCCUAUCUCUAGGAUAACAAACCCUACACUUCACAUAGCACGUGCCUUUUUGCAGUUGUGUUUGCCUCUGUUCAUGACUUGGAUUAUAGCUGCUCCAUGGCUAUGGGUUGUGGUGAAAGAGGAAAAGAAGCAGUUGAAGUGAUAAUAUCAUUCUGUUCUGCCAACAUUUGUAUUAAAGCCUUGGCAGGCCAAGAAAACUGAGUUUUAUGUAUUGAACUGUAAUCUCAGGUCAGCCUGAGCUUGUUAAAUGACAAUAAUAAGGGUAAAAGAAUUAAUUA